AUGAGUUUUGUUCCUAUCAACCCUCGACCUAUGCUACAGUCGCUUGUCAAUAAGCCUGUAGUCGUGCGCCUAAAGUGGGGACAGACAGAAUAUAAGGGAACUCUCGUCAGUGUUGAUUCCUACAUGAACAUUCAGCUUUCCGGGACGGAGGAAUUUGUCGAUGGUAAAAGCACAGGAAGCUUGGGACAGGUUCUUAUCAGGUGUAACAAUGUCCUGUGGAUAUCUGGAGACAAGAACGCGGCCGAAAAGGAUGUAAAGAUGGAAGACUAG